AUGGAGCAGAAUACAAGAGGUGAGGACGAAAUUAAUGAUAGCACCUUGUCUGAUUCAUCAAGUAUGAAUAAUGAGACAGCCGUGUCAAAUGGGGAAUCAAAGGGAGAUAAUGAAGUGUUGGAAGAACAAAGUCAAGGAUUUGAUAACGAGUCGAAUUUAGAGGAGCAAAUGAAUACCUCACUGCAUAUAAAUGAAGAUGUUAAAAUACAAGAUAAUUACAACAUAAAUUUUGAAGAGUGCAAUAAAUUGAUUAAAAGGAAAUGGACUCGGCGAAGGCCUAUAAUAGUAGACCAUUGCCUGCCGAACAGGAGUCCAGAUAUUGACAAGCCUUCUACUAAUGGGAAGCUCCAUAAUAAUUCUAAAACAGAAAAUGUAGGAGGACAAGAAGAUGAUGAAAAAGAGGAGGAAUUAAUCAUUAAUAUAGAGCCAAUUGAGAAUGGUGGUGAAAGUGGUAUUGAUAAUAUACAAUUUAAAAUUAUAUUACACUCUGGCCUGACAACCAAAAGCACAGUCAUUCGCAAACUAAGUGAUUUUUAUGUGCUAUAUCGACAACUUCAAAGUAAUAACUGGGGUGUAAUAAUACCACCACCACCAUUAUUGUGUCAAUUGCCUGAUAAAGUAAAGCCGUCUAUCACUGAUACCUGUAGGAAUCAGAUGCAGAUGAUGUUGGAGCAUAUUCUUAACAAUGAAUAUCUACGCAAUGAUAUCGACUUCAAGUGCUUCUUAAAUAGUGAUGACUAUAUCAAUGAGUCUGUUAAAAGAGCUAAUAUAACAAACUCUUUAGCACUUGACACUACUCGGCCUUUUGACUCAGCGCAUAUCAGUUUACUGAAGCUAUUUGGAAGCGAGGAAGGAAAAGAAAUUAUUCUUAAUGGUGGCAUAGAGAGUGAGUAUAAAGGGCUAUUCUCUUUUAGUACAAUACCGACUUAUAAAGAAAAUGAUGAGUAUUUGAUAAAGGCAUUUGACAGAAUCUCGAUAAUUGAACAACAAUUCAAAACACUGGUUACAUCCCUUACUCUAAUAGACAAAGAACGGGGCGAACUAAAAUCAGUUCAACUAGAGUAUUAUAAGACGUUGCAAGGCCUGGCUGACGAAGAAUUGAACAAGCAUUGCUCAGAAGUAAUUAGAGCUUUUGCUAGGAAUCAUCAACAAACAGUGCUUUUUAUUGAUGAAGAUUCUGUACAAGAGUAUGAGAAUGUUUGGACGUCAGUUGAUUUGUUUCUCCGAUACUGCACUAGUAUAAGAGCUACAUUAGAUCAAAGAGUAAUACUAGGUACAUAUUGUUUGAUUGUAAAAACACAGUUACAAAAGGCUACCGCUGCAUUGGAAAAAUUAAAUGGAGGAUCAGUAUUUGUUUUCAGAAGCGUGGAUAAAAAGGAGCAACUGGAGAAAACUAUACAGAUACUUUCUAGGCGCAAAACUAAAAUCGAGGCAGAAAUUGAAAGUAUAACAACAGAAAUUAAAAAGAAUUUAAGGAAUUUCUAUGGAUUUAUCUCUAAGAUUUUCAUGAAAAAUACGGAAAAAUAUGUUGAUGCAUUAUUAGUAACUCAUAAUAAACAAAAAGAGAGUUGGGAAAAUUUCCCUCUGUAA